GUGUUUGUCUACCCUCCCCUCUCGUUCGCCCCUCAGCCCGCCAGCUGUUCUGGGUCUCUUCUCGCUCUCUCUCAGACUCACGCUUCAGUCGGCGGCUGAAGGGCGAGUGGGCAGGGGUUCCAGCUGAUCCGCAGACGGUGCUGGGCGAGGGGUGGCCGAGCAGGGGACCCGGUGGGGAGAGCUGAGGAGGCGAGCAGUAUGGAGAGCAAGCUAGCGCCCAACGGGGACAUUUACAGCACGGUCAACGGGUUCAUGGAGAAAGCGCACUCGGAGAGCAAAGCGAGCGCCUGGAAGAACGGUUUCGUCAAGCUGGGCUUUGCUCAGAAUGGGCAGAUUCAUCAUAUUGCACAGAAUGGUGGAAUGUACAAAAAGCCAUUUAAUCAAUCCUUUGAGGAAACUCCCAUGCUUGUUGCUGUGUUGACCUACAUGGGAUACGGAAUUCUUACAUUGUUUGGCUACCUCAGGGAUUUUCUACGGGCGUGGAAGAUUGAAAAGUGUCAUCAUGCAACUGAACGUGAAGAGCAAAAGGACUUUGUACCUUUGUAUCAAGAUUUUGAAAAUUUCUACACCAGAAAUCUGUACAUGAGAAUUCGAGACAGUUGGAACCGGCCCAUCUGCAGUGUUCCUGGAGCAAAGUUUGAUAUAAUGGAGAGAGUAUCCUAUGACUAUAACUGGACAUUCAAGUUUACUAACAAAAUCAUCAAAGACGUCCUCAACAUGGGCUCAUACAAUUACUUGGGCUUUGCUGAAUGCCAUGGCUACUGUGCUGACGCGGCAACCAAAGCAACGAUCCAGUACGGAGUUGGUAUUUGUAGCUCACGGCAAGAGAUUGGUAACCUUGACAAACAUGAAGAACUGGAAAAAUUGGUGGCUCGGUUCCUGGGUGUUGAUGCAGCUAUGGCAUUCGGGAUGGGAUUUGCUACGAACUCCAUGAAUAUUCCUGCUCUUGUCGGCAAGGGUUGUCUGAUCUUGAGUGAUGAACUAAAUCAUGCAUCGUUAGUGCUUGGAGCCAGGCUUUCAGGUGCCACCAUCAGGGUUUUCAAACACAACAAUAUGCAGAGCUUGGAUAAAUUGCUUAAAGACGCAAUUGUGCACGGGCAGCCGCGAACACGCCGACCAUGGAAAAAGAUUCUCAUUGUAGUGGAGGGGAUUUACAGUAUGGAAGGCUCCAUUGUCCGCUUGCCUGAGAUAGUAGCUUUAAAGAAAAAAUACAAAGCCUAUCUUUACCUGGAUGAAGCUCACAGCAUCGGGGCUCUAGGACCCACAGGCCGUGGUGUGGUUGAAUAUUUUGAUCUGAACCCCAAGGAUGUGGAUGUCAUGAUGGGAACUUUCACCAAGAGCUUCGGUGCAGCUGGUGGAUACAUAGGUGGCAAAAAGGAACUUGUGGACUAUCUUCGCUCAUAUUCUCACAGUACGGUUUAUGCUACUUCAAUGUCUGCACCUGUUGCAGAACAGAUCAUCGCCUCCAUGAAGUGCAUUAUGGGAGAAGAUGGUACAACUCUUGGUCAAACCAGGGUUCAGCAGCUGGCGGAGAACACUCGGUACUUCAGACGAAGACUGAAGGAAAUGGGAUUCAUUAUCUAUGGAAAUGAUGAUUCACCAGUAGUGCCUUUGAUGCUCUAUAUGCCAGCCAAAAUUGGUGCUUUUGGUCGAGAAAUGCUGAAGCGAAACGUUGGAGUUGUGGUGGUUGGAUUUCCUGCCACACCCAUCAUUGAAUCGAGGGCCAGAUUUUGUGUAUCUGCUGCUCAUACCAGAGAGAUGCUGGAUACAGCUUUAAAGGUGAUAGGAGAGGUUGGUGACCUCUUACAGUUGAAAUAUUCUCGACACAAGUUAGAGCCUUUAAUUGACCGUCCAUCUGAUGAAACCAGCUAUGAAGAAAAUGAGGAUUGAGCAAUACCCCCGGCUAGACAAGCACCUGCACGUCCACGUCUAUUUUCAGUUCAAUACCGUUCCAUUGUUUUGUGCUUUGAAUUUUCAUGUCUAUUUAUAUGUAAACAAAAAAAAACCUAAAUUGAACAGGCACACUUGAUGCCUCUAAAGCUAUUUGUGUUUCAUUAACAAGGUAUGUGUACAGGUUUUAGCAUCACUUGAGAAAUUGAAACAAAUGGGACGCCUGAUCAGCAUGUCUACUUGCCUUUGCUAAUGUGAACUGCAAUUCACUUUGUGUCAUGGUAAGAAUGAGAACCCUUCUCAUAGCCAUGCAAUCCUUGUUGGUGACUUUUUUUUAAUCAUUGUCUGAUUUAAAUUCUUGCUUCCUUUCCUUUCCUCCCCUGCCAAAAAAAAUCACUGCAACAAGUACUGUAACUACUCCAGUCUUGUUAUUCCUUUUAAAUGUGGUCCUGCACAUCUUGAUAAUUGUAGUUUUCAAGAACUUGUUUGGAAGGAGAGGGACGGAUGCACAGGGAAAGUUAAACCUAUUUCAAACAAACCAUACCUAAGUCAUUGUGAAUUGUUUUUCUUGGUGCUCAAUUGGAGAAGAAAGAUCAAGAACUUCUGAGGCUGAAGCUGGUGCUGGCUAGAAUCACCAAAUGAUUCACUUACCCCUGAAAAGCUAUUUUGUUGUAAGUGUCUGUAUGUUCAGUGAUAUGCUGUCCUCCUUUACAAAAUCCAUGCUUGUGGUUUUCACUUAUGUAGUUUAAAAUUGGUCCAAUGUUGAAGGAAAUGCUGGAGGAACAUUUUAAUUUUGAAUGAAAAUAAUGAAGAAAAUGUGUAGGGAACUUGCUAUCAAGUUUUCAGCUUUUUGAUAUUUUGAAAUUAGGUGAACAAAUUGUUUAUUAUGUAUCGUCUUUUAGGGUUUUCAUUUAUCCAUCCAGUAGUAUCUGCAAGUUAACCCAAAAGCAGAGAGCACUUAAUGAUUUUUUCUUAUUACGUAUCUUCACUCUGGGUAAUGCAGCUGAAUAAUCAUGCUGUUUCCUUCCUUUCUUAAAACCUCACACUGGCAGUGAAUGUCCUGGGUCACGGGUGUGGAAAUCUUAGCAAGCUUGAACUGUGGCUGCUGCAUGUGCUGGUAGUCUGUAUCAGGUUCUAACAUUUGUUCCUGCAGUAACAAUAUUCAAAAAUGAAGAAAUCAAAUUUAUUUAUUAUGUUAUCAGCAGUGAGCGCAAUUGAACCACCACAAUUAAUCUUUCUACUAGACCUACAUGAAAUUUUUGUACCUUUUUCUGUUAACUAUUUCUGAUACAAGAAGCUAUCAAGUGAAGGCUCAGUUAUAUGAAUGAAAGGCACGCCCCUGGUUACAGUUCUCGUACCUUUGCCAUUAGGUUAACCAUUGUCUGAAUUUCUUGAACAGCAUAUAAUUUCAAGAAUUUUGAUUGACUUGAGGGAUGCAUCAUUUCUUCACAAGUAACAUGGCUGGAGGGGUGUGAAUGUGCUCAUCAUGGGUGGAAAUUCUCAAUUCUGCUUUGUUCAUGUCAUUGUAAGAAUUCUUGUGGGAUUUAUUCAAUUUUAUUAUUUAGAAAGGGAAGAGUUACAUACUGCUUGUUAAAUUCAGUUCCUGUCUUGAGCUGCAUUUAAUGGAUUGCCGGUCAGGCAGUUUGUAUGUGAAUGUAUAUUCUAAAUGUGCCUUUUUGUUUCUACAUGAUUCUACAUUAAUGUUUACAUUACAAACUACAUAACUAUGUUCUUGUAAACUUAAGGUUAAUGUUCCAGAUGCAUUUCCUUUUCUCCUUUGCUAGAAGAGUGUGAAGUUCUAGAUAUUGGGCCUUUGAAUUGUGGAUUUUAUCCAUUUCAGGACUAAACUUUUGCUACAAGCAAAGUACCAUCUUAAGAAGCUGUCCAGAACAAUUCAAAGCUCGAUACUUAUUCUGUAAAUGUCCUCUAAAUUCCAUCCUUCACUGACUAAUCUCAAGUUGUGUACGUGUCUCUGUCAGUUCUCCCUACUCCCUUUUUAGUCAGCUGUCUUUUCUACUGUCGUGAAGAAUGGCCAUGGUGGACUUCAAUUUUGCUUCCCUCUGACCAGCUAAGAGGAGCAAUAUCAGAUUCUCAGAUGAAUGCCCUGUACCACCUAUUGAAAGAACAUCAAGCUAAAAUGUAAAUUCCACUUAAGAUUCAGAAAUCUAUUUGUUCUGAUCUGUAUAAAGAUUUCUGCUUAGUCCAUUUGUUUAUUAAUUCUGUAGCUAUCUGUUAAGUGAUAUUUGAGUGUACCAUGGGGUAAGCUGUUACUAUGUAGUGUAAGCUUGCCGGUAUUUCCUUCAGGCUUUUAAAGGCUCUGGCCAAUAUCAGUGUAUCAGUAAACAUGUGAGCACUCUCUGUAUACUGUAGCUUCAAAAAAUAACUAUUUUUGCACUAAAUGUGGAAUACACAUUCGGUAUUGGAGGAGUUGCCUUCAAAUCUAUAUCAUAACUUUUGAAAAUACUGGUCAGAUCAAAUGGGAAGUAGAGUUUGCUUCCAGGUAGAUAUUCAGACAACCAAUUGGUAAAGUGAUGCCAGUCCAGGAGUGUGAAGAACACAUUUACACGGAUCAUAUUCAGGUGGUGUCAUAAGUUCCAUGAGCAGCCGAAAGGAAUAUCUUCUGCCAGCACUCAUUUUGUGCUUUGCUCGGUGAUUACAUUUGUUGCACUGUCCCCCAGUGUAUGCUGAUCCUGGGAAUUGGCCCCCCACUAUAAUAAUGUGAUGGAUGGUGGUCUUGGAGGUUGAGAAGAGGGUUUCAGUAUUGCUAUAUUAUAUAUGCCCAUGUAAUAGAAGAAACCUUCAAUAUUAUUAAACCUUCAGGCCAUUUGAUGCCUUAACAUGCAAAUUAUUCUUUGUGAUUUCAUGAAUGUAAGCUUUUAUUAUUCUUGUACAUCCAAAAUUUAUCACGAUCAUUGGUUUAGCUUUGAUUUUAAGCCUGUAAAUCUUUCCCCAACCUUGUUCUAUGUAAACGUUAAGCUUGCGAGUGCAGUUAUUUUUAGCUGUAUGAUCAGGAUGCUGCCAAUUUGAGACAAGUCAGUAGUUGUACUGAUUCCAACUGAUGGCUGAGGCAGUUGUAAAAAACCGUACAGAGACCCUUAUACAAGCACAUGGCAAUUAAAGCUAUGCAGACCUUUUAUAUGGUAACUAAAUCUUUUAAUAUUGCUAUGUUUAAAGAAAAUGCAAUUACUUGUCCUCAGUGGAAAAUAUCAGUUAUUUUGCAAGGGGUUUAAACUGUUGGAAUUUAAGUAAUAUAAAUGGUGGUCUUCUGUAUGUUCCCUCGUUUUCUGUGUGCAAGGGUUCUCUUCUGUUAAAGACGCCUUUUAUUUCCUGAAGGUGCAUUUAUAAAGAGUGUGCUUCCCAAUCUCAGCCAAGCUGUAAUGAAACAGGAGGGGAAAAAUGGUGCAAGUUCAACUCAUGAGGCUAGCAGUAACUGAAGUUGCACGUCCACCAUCUCCACCUAGGAGUAGUAACGGCUGAGGUGUUCAUGGGAGUGCAGCAAAUAAUAAAUGUAAAAUAUAUAUGUACACUGGUCUUUAGGUGUGACUGAAGCUAUGAAAGUUCAACUUCUAAAUGCACUUAAAUUCAGUUUCAAAAUAUUAUUCAUUUGUAACUUUGCACAUUUGCAGCAAAGGUAGAUUAUUCUUGUAACAAGCUGUUGUUAUUUCACAAAUGAGGAAGAUUAUUUAUGUUAGUAACUUUUUGGCAGCAGUUUGUAAGGCUUCCUGGGCUGUUUGCAUCAUCAAGUUUGUGCACUUUGGACAUUGAAGGACUUCUCCUGAGACCAAGUGCUGCUUUUGUUUUCAUUAAGUAAAGAGGGCCAGUCCAGGUACUGCAGAGUGAUAUAAUGUUAUAAAGCAGAGGUGCUAGUUAACAAAUGUACCUCUUGUUAAAAUGUUGAGGUUAAAUUGAUUUUAGGAUGGGAACUGCAGGACUUAGAUGUGGGGAGGAAAAGAGAAGCUUGAAUGUGUUUAUUGAUUUGUUGUCCUAUAUAACAUGUGGUGUUCUGCCCUGGCAUUUUAAAAACCAUGUUGCCCAGUUUAACAUUGACUUUAAGAAACUGCUUUAAGUACUGUAACUAAUGCAAGUUUCAUCACGUGAGUGGCCAGCUUUAAAGUGCAUUCCUAAGUUGCUAAAGUAAGGCAAGUGAGUAUUCCUUAAGGGACCAGAAAUGCAUAAUACAGAAAUUUAAGCUGUAUUGCCACAUGUAAGCAGCAAGGCAAUUUUAUGGAUUAGUUCAUGUGACUUUUCAGUUCCACCUUACUGACUUGAUGUCCAGAAUUUUUUGUUGAUUCAUUAAUCCAUGCAUUUGUUCCCUUUUAGCAAUGUAGUAAGGGUCAUAUCAUGCAAUCUACAGAUGAAAUGCCACUUCAUGCAAUCUUGAACUUUUUAAAUUGAAGCUUUUUUUUUAAAGUAAUCCAAAUGUAAUACUGAAUGCUGUGUGGCAUCCUGAUAUCUGUAAAACUGGUUUUGUUAUGAUCGUUGUUAUCGAGACUCUAAAUUUUUAACUUGCAGUUUUCAGUGUGCAGUUCCCUGAGUAAAGGAGUGUGUUUCUGAAACUUGAAAGAUAAUCGGGCUCAUAAUUAAAAUUGCAUUAAACAUUUGCAAUUCUUGUGAAAUGCUCACAAAUUUGUGGGAUUUUUUCCUCAGCUGAUAAAUUCAUUUUGAAUUGAGCGACUUCUCAUUAAUUUUUUUAAGUCUCUAAAUUAUGUCAAAGGACUAAAAAUCCCAAUUUGUGGAGCUGUAUGAAACACUAAUUGUGAGCAGCAACAGAGGAUGGAAGUGAAGGUCCCUUUAGCUGUGACAGAUGCACAUUCCAGCAAUCAGAUGGUUCAUUUUCUUGGUUUCUGAUUCAGAUGAUCUUGGUUCUAACAGAAAUAUCAAACUGCAGUGUUGUAGAUGCAAGGAUUGAUCACUAAUUGUUGCUUCCUGUAACCUGCCUUUUUGUACAAGGUGUUAUAAGUGUACUUUUUUGACAGGACUCCAAGUACAGUAAUGUUUGUAUUGAAAUCUAAUCCACCUUUUACCUUGAACAUGAUUUUGCAAGCAUCAUUGGUUUAUGAAAGUGUACUUUACUCAUGCAUUGUUUUAACAUGCAUUAUAUUAUUGACACUGGAGAAUCAAUAACUGCAUUAAAAUUAACUAAUUGUAAUAUGUUCUAAAUAAAAACUUUU